AUGGACAGCUGUGACACAGCGUGCUCCCAAGUGCCUGCUGGGUUCGCUAUUUUCCUUGGUUUGUUUUCACCCAGAAUAUAUGCGCGGGAGAUGGUCGGACUCAGCCAUCCCCACCAGCUUAAUCUUGGCUAAGAACUUUUGGCUGAACUGCAUCCAUACGCAGCUCUGGGUGGGGUGGGUUCUCGCCACGAUCGGCAGUGUUGGCAGAGGUGGGUGUGUGCAGCCCGCAGGACGCUCUUCAGCCGAGGUGUCCUCCUCGGAUCUUGGACUGGCUGAGGCUCACGGUAAGGAUGUUUCCAGUACGUCCCCGGAGAGGAAUGAUUUCUUUUUGUGAUGCCUGGCGUUUUCAAAAUGUGCAUAUGGUUUCCACUAACGGCAUGGUAGGUGCCAUGUGAUUGGGUUUAUUUUGAUCCAGCAGGUCUUUCCAAGGCAGGUCUCUCUAUUAAGCCUUUAAUUGGUCGUCGACUUGCACAAGAGCCACAGGAAGUAGGGCAGAGUUUAUAAAAUUGCUCUGAUGUCUACUAGCAAGACAGGAGCUGCGGCGAAGGUAAGAUCAUGACUCGUUAGCAGUACAGAGCUUGGCUGUCCUUGCUUGGGGUUUUUCAUUGCCAGUUAAUACUUUGCCACGGGGAUGAGAUACGGGGCUUCCAAAACUUCACCUUUGUCACUUGAGCUGACAGGGACUAUGUGCUGUAAGCGGAGCCCUGGGCAGCUGAGCUGCUUUCUGUGCAGUUGAAGGCAGAGGUGCGUAUAUAAAGUAGACAGUUUGUGUUUUAUUGGCAUAUAACUCGUGGCUGUGCAAAAGGUCUAUCUCUACAGUGCAAGUUCUUUUUAGAGCUGAUUAUACCCUUUUGGAAACAAUGCCUAGUUUUGAUAUUUGUAUUAUGAUGUAUUACUGCUCACUGUAAAGGCAGCUAAAGACUCAAUUCUUUCAUAGAUUAGCUAGAGUGUAAUUAGGUUUUCAAAGAGCAGAUCGAUAGGUACAACAUGUUCUUUUCUAAAAAUGCCAUGUAUGCACAUGUCCCGAUUUACCUCUGCUUUUCAUAGUAGGAGCUCCAGGAGCUGCAGCAGUGCUUAGUACUGCAGGCUCAGGUUGGGUAUGUAGCGUGGAGUGGGGGGAAGGUUGGGUUUUGUUUUCUUUUUUCUUUCCUAGAUAGUGAAAAUAUCAGAUUCUCACGAUAGAAUUGUAAUUUGCAUGGUGUGAGACUGGACAGUCCUUGUUUCCCUAACAAUGUCAUGACAAUGAUUAGAAUUUGCUGCUCUUCGGACCGGGGCUUAGCAAUGUUUGGAGUACUAAAAAAGCUGUAAGUGGUAACACCAGUGCUUCCACAGCAUCUUUCAUCUGCAAAUCUUUCUGUUCUUAAUGAAUUUUGGUGCCUCUCUGUGAGGCAGGAAUUAUUGGUGUCAUUUUGCAGACAAGUAGAUAAAAUGCUUGCAUAGAAACAUUCUGAAAGCCACUUAUAUUCAGGAAUAUUAAUGCUUCAACCCGCUCUUGAGCUAUUAUCUUGUCCUUUCUCUUUUGCCAGAAAAGAAGCCCCAGGCAUUAAUUUUGGUAGAACUUUGGUAGGUUUAUUUUAUUUUUUUUUAAUUGGGUUAGGAAGCAUGAAAGUGAGACAUUAUUAUGCAACGUCUCUAAGUGUGCAUGUGAUACUUGAAAAAUGGUAAUCAGAUAAAUUGCUAAGCAACUGUACCCUGCCUUCAGUUACCAAAAAGCCAGUGACUUCGCUUUCAUGAUGUAACAUGCUCUAUACUUCUCCACGGAGCACGUGUAGGCGGAGUUCUGUGAGAGUUGCUCCUUUUUAACUCCCCUCCUGCUUGACUGCCAUAUUGUGAGGUCAGCUCUGACCGUGGUUUCACAGAAAUGUAUUCACAGAGCCUGAAAGCAACAGAACAAAUGUUAGAUGAGCUGUUCAAAAUAAUGAAGUGUAAGUAAGUGUGUAUAUAAGGAAACAGCCAUUCUCUCCCACGGGCCUUCACCAGCUUGUGGAGAGCAGGCCGUAGCUCAUCCCUGGGAACACGAGAGGUAAGAAAAUGGGCGAGAGAUUGAUGUUAAAAGGCACACGGCAGGAAAAUGUGGCGAGCUGUGGGAAACCUUGAACACCCACAGCGACCCAUUUGCCCCAAAGUGUUGAGAGCUGCAGUAAUGCGUAAGAACCUGUGUGUAGAGCCAGCUGGUUCGUUCUCAUUGUCUUAGCAGGAAGAGGACGGCAGGAACAUCAGCAGUGAAGUGUGCAUGGAGAAACAGUAAGUGGGACUCCGAUAACAUAAGGCAGAUCUAGGGGAUUUUGUUUGAAACCUGACUGCCUGACAGAUUGCAGGAUCUGUCUUAGAAAUCCUGCAGGGUAACUGCAACAACAAAAUAGACUCUUGCUGGUUAUUCUGAACAGCUGCUGCUUGUCGGUAACCAGCCACAGCGGCAUUUGCAGCUCCUGUGGCUGUGUGGAGCACCUGCCCAAGGCUCUCCAGUGCUCGCUGUUGCCAGCACUUUUAGGAGCAAUCUGAGACCGGAGGCCUUCCAGAAGCCACGGUGGGCUGAUGUGGAGGUAUCUGGGAAAGGAUGCUCCUGACCUCGGAGAUGCUUAGGGCUUUUUUGCAGGUGGCGGAAAGCUACUGUUUUAUGGAGUUUUGCAACCUUGUUGCUGUGCUCCUCUUCCAGCCCAGAACUUAAUGGCUUCAAGCUGCGCCAGGGAAGGUUCAGGCUGGACGUUAGGAAAUACUACUUCUCUGAAAGGGUGGUCAGGUGCUGGAAUGGGCUGCCCAAGAGAGGUGGUGGAGUCACCGAGCCUGGUGGUGUUCAAAGAGCAUUUGGAUGUUGUGUUGAGGGACAUGGUUUAGUGAGAACUAUUGGUGAAGGGUGAAUGGUUGGACUGGAUGAUCCUGUGGGUCUUUCCCAACCUUAGCGAUUCUAUGAUUCCUGUCAUGGGAUGUUGCAGCCCUACCUCCUGCCUCUGGGAGGGAGUGCCACAUUCCGUGCUCUACGUGCCUGGAGUUCAGGGAUCCCAGGGCCUGGCUGCUCCACGUGCAGAUGGAAAACCCAACCAAAGGGCAGAGGGAAGGGCAUGCUAGGGUUUGUUUGGGUGACAUCUGCCUUGCCUUCCAUGGAGGUCUUGCAGGGGUUGCAGGUCUUGCAUUGCCGAGAAGUUGUUUGAUUUCUGCUUCCAAUAAACUGAGUGUGGGUGCUGCUCAGGGGCUUUUCUGUUGGUGGGACAGCUCCAUUUAAUUGCCAGGUAGUGGCAUGGACCUGAGUUUUCUGGUGCACUUUGCAAAUCAUGGAAAGGAGUAAGCAAACAGGUGAAGGAACGCACAAGUAGCCGCUUGGCAGCCAGGAAUUUCAUUUCCAUCCAGUGAGAACUGGAUGAGCGUUACUCCUUUGCUUACUGAAGUGCAACCCCCGCCUGCUGGUGCUGGCAUCUGAGAGGAGCCCGAGUCCCACACAGCAGUGGGCUUCAGAUUGGAACUCUUUUUUUUUUUUUGAAUGGCUACACCACUGCUGAAUAUUUGUUGUAGUUGUUGAUUUUUGCUAAUACAAACAUUACACCUUUUUAAUCAUUAGCAUUUCAGCACAAGAAGUUUGCUUAUCAUUUAUGUGGCCUUUUCUGACCAGCCAAAGUGCUGUGAACUCCAAGGUCAAGCCUUUAUCUUCAGCGCUGCCUCUCUGCUCUUAUGUUACGACACAGUCUUUGCUAACAAAGAGUUUCUUUUUCUUUCAAGUGUAGAUACACAUGCAACUAAAGCUAUGGUUUCUCAAGCAUUUUGAGCUCAUAGAAACGAAGGUGGCUUUUUUUGUUUGCUUCUCUUAUUGGGGAAGAAAGGAACUUCUUCCUGCUGGGUGGAGGCCUGAGAGCCAGAUCUGGGAGGUGAUAUGGCUGGGAACAGGGAGGUUUUUGGGAGCAGUGUUCAGAUGAAUGACAAAUCCCUCGCUUGGAGUCUCUGUGACACUGUGGGCGGCCGUAGGGCUGGUGCUUGGGAAAGGGCUGAGCCGUGCAGCAAGGUGCAGGACAGGACAGAGCUGUCCCAGCAUUGUCCCCCUGCCAGGAGAACUUCUCAGCCCCACUCUGUCCUUCACUGCCAUGCCAAACCUUUGAGUGAGGAUGGAGCGCUCACACCGAGAUACAUGGAACUCAUCUGGCAAUAAAAAUACCCUUUUGAAAAUGCUGUGCUUUGUUUUUUUUUCCAGGGUGUGCCCAGCCUUGUGGCAAACAGUGGGUGUAUGUGUUUAUUAACUGGGCUCGGAGAAACAAAGCAGUUGACCCAGAGCACAGCUCCUGGUUUAAAAGCAGCGGUGUGUCUUCUGGUCUUCAGGCUGCCUGGUCGUCGCCACGUUAGCUGCUGGUCGCACACUCCUGUCUCGAAGACGGCAGCUGUCUGAAGCGGCUGGGACCUGCGGGGACGGCCUGGCCUCACCACGGAUGCUGUGAACCAGGAGCAGGACAAAGUGGGAGAGCUGCCGGAUCCCUCCCAACAGGCUGGAGUUUGUGAAGCUGCAGCUGGGAGCACACAUUUCUGCCUGGAAGAACGGUACUGGGAAACAUUUCUGGAACUGUGCCUUCAUAAGAGUGCCUACCAGGGUGUGUGCAGAAGGAUGGCUGCGGCAGAACCUCUGACUGCUUUCUCCCGAUGGUACCUCUAUGCCAUUCAUGGCUAUUUCUGUGAGGUCAUGUUCACAGCUGCCUGGGAGUUUGUGGUCAACUUCAACUGGAAGUUCCCAGGUGUUACCAGCGUGUGGGCACUCUUCAUCUAUGGCACCUCCAUCCUCAUUGUGGAGAAGAUGUAUCUGUAUCUCAAAGACAAGUGUCACAUUUUAGUGCGCUGCUUCAUUUACACCCUCUGGACGUAUCUCUGGGAGUUCACCACUGGCCUCAUCCUACGCCAGUUCAAUGCCUGCCCAUGGGACUAUUCCCAGUUUGAUUUUGACUUCAUGGGCCUGAUCACCCUGGAGUAUGCCAUCCCAUGGUUUUGUGCUUCUUUCAUCAUGGAACAGCUGGUGAUCAGGAACACCCUGCGCUUGCGAUUUGAUGAGACUGCCGAGCCAGGGGCUCCCACUGUCCCCGUUGCCUUGGCCAAUGGCCACGUGAAGACGGAUUGAACCAUGACUCAGAGCCACCCUUAGCAAUCUGAGAGAGCCCAGACCUCUUCCACAGGCUGUUAGCUCUGGCUUUGAGGUACUGCUCCUUGCUGUAUGAUAAGAUUCAUAAACCCCAUUUUUCUAAUGGGGGUGUGCAUGGGAUAUACCAGAAAAAAAAUGGAACCAAUAGAUUUUCUAAGGAUUUUACUCUUUGGGUUCCAAGGACCAAUAUCAGUUACUUGUUAGUUAGGUCGUUUCUGAUUUUAACUUAUUACAGAUGAAAGCAGUCCUUUUGCUUACACUUUUGUGUGGAGAAAGAAGAAGGAGGGAAAGAAUGCUAAGGUGGAAAAGCAUUCGAAAAGGAAAAAUGUAAUCAUUUGAUGGUCAUGGACAUGCCAGCAAAGUUAGUGAUUGGCUUACUCCAUUAGGCAAUAUUCAGGUGCUUGCUUGCAACCAAUACCUCCUGUGGGACCUGAGAUGCUGCAGGAACAAGGAAAAUCCGUCUGCUAUGGAGAAGAACCUAAGGCUGGCAGUCUGCUGGGGAGGUAGAUGGUGUUCCCCUCAUGAGGUCCCACUGGCCUACCCCGAGGUUCUUUUUUGCACCACAAUAUAAUCUGGUGCUGGACAUCUUGCUGAAUUUAUACAAAUAUCGUACUUUUUGAAAUCUCAGUCCUGAUAAUAGAUUUCUUUUUUUUCUUUCUUUUCUUCUUCUUCUUCUUCUUCUUCUUUUUUUUUUUUUUUUUAAGAAAAAGCCUUUUUUUGCUGAGUGAAUUUUACCAUAAUCUGUGCAAUCUGAAUCUUGGCAAAAGGCACAAGAAAUACGUAAGUCUUCCCAUCUCCUCUGUCCCCCCAAAGCAGAACUUGUCUGAAGGGCUGCUGCAGAUUUCAGCUCUCAUCCCAACCAUGCGAACCUUGUAGAGACUGUACAUGCCACAAAAGUCUUCUGCCUUCCUUCCCAGGGAUUCCUCUGUUUCUGGUGAUGUUGAUGACUUAAUCUGGCUGCAACUCAUUGUACUUGACCAAAGGUCAAAAUCUAUGUGUGGCUGAAGUGGUACCUAGCAUUCAGUCCUCUAGCACUGAUGGUCACCCUUCAUUAGCACUGGCAGCCCAGUGGUCUCCUCAGUGUUUCAAGAGGAUUUGCUCUUCCUUCCCAAAUUCUAUUCGAAAUAACCACAGCAAACCUUUUCCAUGAGAAUAGCUGGAGGCAGCAAGAGAUAUGCCAUGCUGUCUGAUAUAGGGAGACACAUUACUUCCAAAAACAAACACAGUUCUCCCUGAAGAGCACUUCUUCACAGUUUGAGGAAGGUUUUGGGUUCUAGUGUGAGAGAAGCAGUAGAGAGCUGUAGGAGCAGGGAGUGCUCUAGCUCCAUUUUGGAGCUUCUUGCAUGGGGGCAGUUUGAAAUUUAACCUCUUGGGAACACUUGUGGAGUCUGGGAAAAGUUGUAGAGUAGGGAGGGUGUCUUAUACUGGCAACCACAGGUUAAAUAAUGUGCUUUGGUAAGCCUUGGCUGUCAGUUAGUCACAAAAGUGGAAUUUCCAGUUGUCAGAAGUAUCAUGCUCAUGACUGUUUUACCAGGCAGAUUUGCUGUAAUUGCCUCAUAGGACAGAUUAAUUUUGAGUGUUCCUAUAGUGUAAUCAGCAGAGCUGCAGCAGGGAUGAAUUUGGCUUGAAACACACAUGUUUGUGUGGUUGUGGGUUUCCACUCUUGCAGUGGAAGUAGCCGGGUUUUUUUUCGUGCUGCUCCUCUGUCUGAGGUAGAGCUCAGCUGUGAACCUGCUCCUUGUCUUGGGGAAUCCACUGCCAAGGGGAAAAGCACUUCUAGCCCUUUUGAAGGGAAUUAUUGGCUGGUUCUGCCCUUACAAAGCCAGUGUUAAUCCUUUCUGUGUUGCACAGAGUGCAAUUAUUUUAUUUCUCUCCCUCUCCCUUCCCACAUGACAUCCAUUGCUGGCAAUGGACACAAAACAAUGGCAUCAAGGAGUUAAUCACAUCUGCCCUGGGAUAUGCAGUGUCUCUCGAAGCACUUUGAAUGUUUAGGUGGGUAUUUAGGCUUUCCUUUUUAUAGAUCAUUAAAUUAAAAGAGAGCAAACACUGAACAGGUAUAUAUACUUUUUUUUUUGCUGUGAUGCCAGUAUUAUAAAACCAGAGAAGCAGUAUUUUAUUUUUCAGUCCUGAUGGUCUCACAAAUGCAGACUCAGGCAAAAUAGUCAUCUCGUGUAGUGCAGGGGGACAAAAAGAGAUGAACUCUGCUGAAUUAGAACAAGAACUGCAAGGUGUAGAUAAGAGCUGGGAUCUUAUCCCAUAUCUGGAGGUGUUCAAGGCCAGCCUGGAUGGGCCCUGGGCAGCCCAAUCUGGUGGGUGGCAACCCUGCCCAUGGCAGGGGUAGGGACUAGAUGAUCGAUAAGGUCCCUUCCAACCUAAGCCAUUCUAUGAUUCUGUGAUGUCCCUGCUUUGGCUCUAGUUCUGUCAGGGUCAUGCACUACCCAGAGCCAGGCUGUUCUCUCGCAGCACAGUGUGGCUGUGGUGUGAUGCUGACUCUUAUCUCCCCACACCAUCUGAAACCCUCAGCUUCAUAAAAGCAUUCCUUGGAUCCCUGCUUUCUCCUUAGCUGUUACAAAACUCUUAAAAAUGUUAAAAGGAGCUAGCAGCAUCAUUUGGUGACUCCAUACCAGCUGCAGGUGGGACUAAGGGAGGAAGAGUUCACAGAGCUACCUUGGUACACAGCCAUGUGCUGUGACUGCAGAAGCUUCCACCAAAUGGCACAGUUCUUGCACAGUGAUGUAAUAUUUAGGUGCUCAGAUUAUGGAGGGGUUUCCCAGCAGCAUACAACGUCUUAUUCUACUAUCCCUAUUGCCUAUGCCAUUGUAACCACUAGUCUGAUUUGCUUUCCAAUGAUGUCUGAUGCGUACCACCUAGAUAUUGCAUCCCUAGAGACCUGUAACUUACACCCAGAAGUGCACUUUACUUGCAGUCUGCACACCAGAAACAGGAAGGGACCCAACAAAUUAAUAAAUAAUUUCAAAUAAUUCCCUCGACAACAAAUGUUAUCGCAGGGUUUGCUUUAAUACCAUGUACCGAACACAGCAGGGUUACCUAGACUUCUUGCUAAGCAACGUGGCUUUGUCUCUUCUGCAAAAUCUCUCUUUUUAAUACAUGUGAUGCUUCUUACAACAUCUUACAGGAGAAGUGCCCAGAGCACGUUACUGGGGUCUUGGUGGCAGCUCAGCGUGAGCUCAGGAGCCGGACUGAAGUGGUAGAGACACUUACAUUAUGAAGGAAAAAACAACGCACAAGGCCUAACCAUUUGUUUGUAUGUGUAUCUUCCUUGGUAGAUUAAAGUUGCCUGUUUUGAGUUCACCAGCAAUAAAAAAACUUGUGAUUUA